UACGAGGCGUUGCAGGCGGAGGACGAGCAGCAGCUGGCGGCGCUGCGGGAGAAGGGCGAGCGGGACCGGGUGAAGGGCGCAGCGGUGCGCAACCAGCAGGUGCUGUACGAGCGAGCGCUGGAGCAGCGCAUCCUGCUCCAGAAAUGCCUGCAGGCCAGCAACGGCCUGCCGCGACCCGACACGCACGCGGCGCUGGUGCGAACGCAGCCCGACGUACGCGAGGGGUUUGCGCAGCUCGCUGACGCCGCUCGCGACACGCUGUCGCAGCUCCUGGACCUGCAGCACACCCUCAUGGGCCGCAUCUCGGGCAUCUCCCUGCCACCAGCAGCUGCCGCUUCCGGCCGUCAGGACGCCGCUGGAGCCGCCAGCGGCAAGCGGCCACGUGACGAGGACGACGACGACGCUGAGGAGGAGGAGACCGCGGGCGGUGCUGCGGGGCCGCUGGGGCUGGAUGCCCUGUGGGAGCGCAUCAGCUCCCACCACACCGCGCUGGCCCCCUACCGGGACGCCUCCCUGGACUCCUGGCACCGGCGCACCGUGCUGAGCUCCGGCAGCGGCGCGCUGCGCAACAGCGGGCUGCGGGCGCUGAACCAGAGCAUCAGCAGCCAGGUGCAGGCGCUCAUGCGGGACCCAGCCAAGUUCAUCAAGCGCACGCGGCUCACGCUGUCCACCUGCCCUCGUGUGCUGUGCGAGCCGUCACGCGGAGCCGCCGCAACCUCGGCCCUGGACGAGGACGCACUGCUGGGCCAACGGGAGGGCGACGUGUCGGCCGCUGCUGCUGCUGCGGGGUCAGCCAGCGUGGCAGCGGACGUGGUGGAGGAGGAGCGCGAUGGCGAGACGUACGACGACAGCGAGUUCUACCAGCAGCUGCUCAAGGAGUUCCUGGACAAGGGCAUCGCGCAAGGCGCCGCUGCUGGCGCUCCCAAGGCGGCAAAGAAGCGCAAACAGGUGGACCGACGAGCCAGCAAGGGGCGCAAGCUGCGGUACCACGUGCAGGAGAAGCUGGUUGCCUUCAUGGCCCCGGUGGACUUCGAGCCGCCGUCCUUCGCGGCCAACCUGUUUGCCAACCUGUUUGGGCACGCGGGCAAAUAGAGUUGUGUGGGGAGAGAGGGGGUCACGGUUGGCAUUGUAGCUCUCGGGAUUGCGGCGGCCUGCGAGAGCGCCUGCCGGGUGCCUGCCUGCAUGGUUGCAUGGUUGAGCGGUGUAGCUUGGGAUCGCGUGUGGGUCGAGGGGGAACACGUUGGUGCACAUGCGGCUGCCAUGGCCCGCGAUGCGCUUAUGUAAGAAGCACAGAGAC